UUGUCGCGCUAUGGUGGAGGUGUACAACACUUUCUACAACAAAUACGAACACCGUGUGGCUGUGAACGCAGCUUGGACUACGCUGAGCGCGUCGCGGGAAACGACGUGUUUUAGAUUCUCAAAGCACACAGUCUUAAAAAUCCCUGAAAUUAAGUGGGGCAGACAACAGAUUACUUAGUGCAAUGGAAACAUUUGUGAAUAAACGAUCUUGCACUGAUAAUCCUUUAACAAGAAGUCAGAGGAAGAAGAUCAAACUAGAGAACAAUGAGAGGAUAAAGCAGGAGGAAGAUGCUGAGGAAGAUGAGGAUGAAGCUUCAACAGAGUUCUCCCAUCCUGUCCACUGGCAAAAAAUAGAGGCAGAGGGGCUGGACUGUGACUACGCUUUGCUCUUCUCCAAGAAGGAAGCAGACCACUUUUUCAAACUACUGGAAGAGGAAGUGGUGUACUCAACAGGUGAAGAAGCAAAGGUCCAGGUUUUCGGAAAGGUGUACAAUAUACCGAGGAAGCAGGCAACAUAUGGAGAUGCAGGUCUAACCUACACUUAUUCUGGGGUGACACGUUCAGCCUGCCCAUGGACCCCAACCUUGGAAUACAUUCAGGAUGCUGUCACAAAAACAACAGGACAGAGAUUCAACUUUGUCUUGAUCAACAGGUACAAAGAUGGGCAGGAUCACAUGGGUGAACAUCGUGAUGAUGAGAAGGAGCUGGACCCCCUCUGUCCAAUCGCUUCUGUCUCUCUCGGGGCGGCACGAGACUUCAUCUUCCGACACAGGGAUGCUCGGGGCAAACAGAGCUGCCGACAGAUUGAACCCGUGAAGCUGGAGCUCGCUCCUGGAAGCCUGCUCCUCAUGAACCAACCGACCAACACAUACUGGUAUCACAGCCUUCCAGUUCGAAAGAAGGUCCUCCAGCCUCGCAUCAACCUCACCUUUAGGCGCAUCCUACUGAACUGCAAAAAAAUGAGCUAGCCAUGGCCAGAUGUAGAUUAUAAACCUGGCCAAUGGGGCCAAGAUACUUCUGACCACUUUGACCUGAAUUUAGUUAAUUUCUUUGUUAAUGUAAACAAUAAAUAAAGUCUGAGUAACUAAAUGAGAAGCAUGGUGAAAUAAAUAGACUGUACACUGUAGACUGGGACUCUGGACAAAAAGCAUAUGGAUUGAAAUGCCCAACAAGUUCUGACUGAUUCAACCUUAAAUACCAACUACUAAACUUUCAUCGGAUUAAGUUUUGUAUAAGAGCUUGAGAGAAUUCUGA